CUUUCUCUUUCGUACAUACUUUGAACACACUUUCGGUUCCAGCACUCCUCCUCCAUGUCUAUAUACUCAAAGCUUUAAGGUCGUCCGCAGCCAUAACCAAGAUAUUUUUAGGAUAAAUUGGAAGAUUUAUCGAUAUCUAAGUUCAGUGUUUAUUUAACGUGAAUGUAAAAUCAGUUGAAGAUUUAAUAAUUGACUAACACAGACGCGUCGACAUGGCUGGAAAACAAGGAAAGGAUUUAGCAUUGUCAAUGCUACGAGUUUUACCUAGGGUGAUGUUAACGAACAUCCGAGAUAAUCCCGGCAAAAUAAAAACGAAACGUGGGAGAGGACAACAUGGUGGUGAUAAACAUGGUUAUGGAAAUACGAGAAAAACUUAUAUACGUCUGGGUUAUGAGACUGGAAAUAGUCCUUUCUAUUUGCGAUUCAGCAAAGAACCUUAUUAUAAGGGCCACCACUUGAGACGAGAAUAUCCGCCGCUUUCUUUGGGAGAUCUGCAGAUGUACAUUGAUACAAAUCGGCUGGAUGUUACCAAACCAAUUGAUCUUGUUUCAGUGAUGAACACAGGCUUAUACCAUCUUAAUUUAUACUAUAAACAUUCAGGCAUUCACUUAACAGAUGAGGGUGCACAUACUUUUAAAGCAAAAGUAAAUAUAGAAGUACAGUGGGCCAGCGAGCCUGUAAUCGCCGCGGUUGAGAGAAAUGGUGGUGUGAUUACAACUGCUUAUUAUGACCUAAGAGCUCUCUCAGCCAUAUGUAACGUAGAGCAGUUUUUCAGCCGAGGUGAGCCGAUACUUCGCAGAUUUUUGCCGCCGACAGACUGUCUUGAGUAUUAUUCCAACCCCGUUACAAGAGGAUACUUGGCUGAUCCUGAGAAAGUUUCUCAAGAACGUUUAGUGCUCGCGCAGAAAUACGGCUAUGAAUUACCAAAAAUCGAGGACGAUCCCGAUUAUGAGAUGUUGUGCGAACGCAAGGAUCCGCGGCAAUUGUUUUACGGUCUGGCACCAGGAUGGGUGGUUAGCCUUAGAGAUAAAGUCAUAUUGAAACCUAAAGCUGAAUAUCUGAAAGAAUUUUAUAUGAAUUAAAAAAUUGUACAGAGUUAACAUAAUGUAUAAUUUGAUCAGAUUUAAUAAA